AUGCUACAUUCAUGUGCAAUACACUAUCCAAGAAGCACUGUGGAGAUGUGGCCUGACCUUAUUCAAAAGGCCAAAGAUGGUGGCCUUGAUGCCAUUGAAACUUAUAUAUUUUGGGAUCGUCACGAACCUGUUCAACGUCAAUAUAAUUUCUCAGGAAAUUUGGAUUUUGUCAAAUUUUUCAAGCUUAUCCAAGAAGCUGGACUAUAUGCCAUUAUGAGGAUUGGUCCUUAUGCAUGUGCGGAAUGGAACUAUGGAGGGUUCCCGUUGUGGCUUCACAAUAUUCCUGGGAUCGAGCUAAGAACAGAUAAUCAGGUUUACAAGAAUGAAAUGCAAAUUUUUACCACAAAGAUCGUGAAUGUGGCAAAAGAAGCAAAUUUGUUUGCAUCACAAGGAGGUCCCAUUCUUCUAGCUCAAAUUGAGAACGAAUAUGGUGAUAUCAUGUGGAAUUACAAAGAUGCAGGGAAGGCAUACGUUAAAUGGUGUGCUCAGAUGGCCCUAGCACAAAAUAUUGGGGUUCCAUGGAUCAUGUGUCAGCAACCUGAUGCUCCUCAACCCAUCAUAAAUACUUGCAAUGGAUACUAUUGUCAUAAUUUUAAACCCAAUAACCUAAAAAGUCCUAAAAUGUUCACUGAAAAUUGGAUUGGUUGGUUCCAAAAAUGGGGUGAAAGGGUUCCCCAUAGAAGUGCUGAAGAUUCAGCUUUCUCAGUCGCACGCUUUUUCCAAAAUGGAGGUGUAUUAAACAAUUACUACAUGUACCAUGGAGGAACUAACUUUGGCCGCACAGCAGGUGGACCAUAUAUGACAACAUCUUAUAACUAUGAUGCACCGAUUGAUGAGUAUGGGAAUUUGAAUCAACCAAAAUGGGGACAUCUUAAGCAACUUCAUGCAGCAAUUAAAUUGGGCGAAAAUGUUCUUACAAAUUAUAUAUCAAUAACAACACAGAUCUGGGCAAUGGGAUCACACUUACAACAUAUGCUAAUUCCACUGGCGCAAGAUUUUGUUACCUGA